UCGGGGAUUUUUAGGUAUUUCAGGGAUUGCGACGACUGAGUGAGCAUGGCGGAGUACCAGCUGAAGGUAACGACGGGAGGGAGGUCCUUCGCCGCAACUUUUGACCACAUACUCAUCACCUUGCUCGGAAGUGAAGGCCAGAGCGAGAAAAGCCAAUUGAACCACUGGGCUGUCGACUUUAUGACCGAGACGACUGAGACGUACACCAUCAAAACCAGUUCCUCUCUGGGGAAGCUUCUCCUGGUGAAAGUCGAGAAACGCCCACGGUUUCUCCUCCCGGAAAAUGAUCUGUUCUGCACUAAAAUCACCGUGACCACCCCAGAGGGAGAGACUCUUCUUUUCCCCUGUUACCGAUGGCUUUCCAAUCAUGACAUCGUGGAAUUGAGAGGAGGAAAAGCUAUGAAGCUUUUUGAAGACGACCAUCCGUUGUUGAUUGAGCACCGCAAAAACGAGCUGGCGUCAAAAAAGGGCAUCUUCCAAUGGGCCUCGUACAACGGGGAGCUUCCCCACCGCAGCAAUUUCACAACAUUGAACGUCCCCGCUGAAAUCCGCAUGUCGCCGUCUCGACUCAUUGAGUCAAAGAAGGCCUUGUUUACCGGGCUCUUCGAACUCUUGCUGAAGGGGAUGCUUCGAUCGGAGGAAAGUUGGCAAAGCAUUGAAGACAUCAAAAAUAUCUUCUGGAUCAGAAGCACGCAAAUAUCAGAGUACGUUUCCGACCACUGGAAGGACGACGACUUUUACGGGUACCAGUUCCUGAACGGCGUGAACCCCUGUUUGAUCAAACGCUGUUCGGAACUUCCUCCAAAUUUCCCCGUCACCGAGGAAAUGGUGAAGCCCUUCCUGGAGAACGGAAGCACUCUGGACAAUGAAAUGAAGAAAGGGAACAUAUUCCUCUGUGACCAGAAGGUUCUGAGUGGAAUACCCGGGAAAAUCUAUCACGGGGAAAAACUGCAAGUGCCUGCUCCCCUCUGUUUGUUGUACCUGAACCCUGAGCAAAAACUGAUGCCGAUCGCAAUCCAGGUGCAUCAACAACCCUCAGAGGACAACCCGAUUUUCCUGCCGAGUGAUUCCGAGACGGAUUGGCUCCUAGCCAAGAUAUUCAUUAAAAAUGCGAAUAUGAUAACGCACCAGGCAAUCAGCCACCUUAAGAACACUCACUUGAUCUCCGAGUCCUGGGCUAUGAGCCUUCUUCGCAACGUUCCCGUAAUUCAUCCCAUUUACAAGUUGCUUAUCUCACACUUUCGAUGGAUUCUACACAUCAACGCUCAAGCUCGUGAAAUUCUGCUGGGGCCUAAAGGGUCAUUUGCAUUGAGUUCACUCGGAGUUGACGGCACGAUCGAGCUCAUGACGAGAGCCCAAUCCGAACUCACAUACAGCUCACUGUGUUUCCCGGAAGACAUUCGCAGUCGAGGACUCGAGUCCAUCCCCGACUUCUACUACAGAGAUGACGGCCUUAAAAUAUGGGACAUCAUCCACCGAUUUGUGAAGGCGAUGGUUGGACACUUUUAUCGUUCCGACAACGAGGUGGUCAAAGACUCAGAACUACAAGGAUGGAUCCACGAGAUAUUCACUCGAUGCUUUUUAGAGAGUAAAUCCUCAGGAUGUCCGGAGACGUUCAAAACUGUUGAGGAAGUAGUCAAGUUUAUCACCAUGGUGAUCUUCACUGUUUCAGCUCAACAUGCCGCCAUCAAUAAUCCAGAGUUUGACUACCAGACGUUUGCCCCCAACGGUUCCUUACUGUUGCGCAAGCCGUCUCCAACCGCCAAAGGACAGUCCAGCAUGAAGACGCUUUUGGAGACGCUCCCAACCGUUGGCGAGACGGUCAUCACGGCAACCGUUCUUUUUGUGCUGACACAGGACUACAGCGAUUCUGUGCUGCUGGGUUCCUACCCUGAGGAACAAUUCCAAGAGCCUGAAGUCAAGAUGAUGAUGAUGAAGUUUCAAGCAGAGUUGUCCAGCCUUAGUGCAGACAUUAAGGCCAGAAACGCUAAGCUAGUUGUGCCGUACACAUAUUUGGACCCGAGUCAAAUUGACGCAAGUAUCAUUAAAUAAGAAUGAGCACAAUGGGGUUUCCUCUCAACUCCAGUGCAAACAUGCAGUGCAUUGAAAACAAACACAGCUAAAAAUAAGGGCAGCGAAACUGAACUGCAUUAAA